AUGAAGUCUAUCUUUGUCUCAGCAGCCCUCAUUGCUGCAGCAGAUGCACUCAUUGCUCGCGAUUCUACAUGCUGCUUCCAUCUGACUGCCUCUGGUGGUUCUGGCGGAGCCGUUGGCGAGCUAGCUGAUGGGCAAACGCGUAUCGGCCAGACCGCUGGACUUGCCAAUGGACAAGCAACAUUCUGCAUCGAUUCCAAAGGUGGUCUCACUGACGGAACCGGAAAAGGGUGUAUCCUGACGCCUCCUACCAGCCAGUUCCAAUGCGAUGCUGGCGCUAGUCCCACUGAUGGCUUCUCGGUCUCAUGUGAUGGUACUCUAUCUUUCGAUGGCAACACUGACUUCAAGUCUUGCCCUACUGGAGACAACGGCGGUUACAACAUCUACACCACUGCCCCUGCGGGUCAAGGUGGCUGUGUUUCAAUCAAGCUGAGUGCAGACAACUGCAAAUCUGGUUGUCCUGCACCUGCGCCCCCUGCUCCCAAGACUUGCCCUGCCGCCCUGUCAGGUGCUUAUGAGUACCCUCACCUCAUUGUUCCUGUCGACUCCAAGCAGCCCGACAAGGCCUUCGGUACUCAGUACAACGGUACCGUUGCUGGAUCUGUCUCUAGCUUGUUCAACUUCGACAUUCCCAGCUCUGACGCUGGAAAGACUUGCUCCUUGGUCUUCUUAUUCCCUAAGCAGGCAGACUUGGAGACUUCCUCAUUCGAUUUCUCGGGUGCCGGCGGUAUCGACUUUGCAAUGCUGAAGGGACCUGCCAGCUCCAGCACCACCUACAACAACAAGCCAGGUGUCGCCACUGACUACGGUGUGACUAAGGUCGCUCCAGGCAACUCUUACACCAUCGCCACCUUUGCCUGCCCGGCCAACUCUGCCAUUGGCUUCAGUCUUUCUACCUCGGAUGGCACCAUGCUUUCUUAUUUCCAGGACUACAAUCCGAGCCCUAUCGGUCUCUACAUCACCGUGUGUUAG